AUGAAAGAGAACGCGAAGCUCCCUGUUCGUUCCAAUUCCAUGGAGAAUGCCAAUCGGCGAUCGAAAGACUCAUCGAACAAGUCUAACAAGAUCACAAAGAAGAGCUUGAAUGCGGCAUUCAUAUCUGUUUCUGAAGUUGCAUCUGAAGCAUCUAAGGAUUCAGAGAGUUCUACACCGAUCUCUGAGAUCUCGCACGCGGAUGGCGAUGGAGAAAUUACGGAGACCUGGAUUGAACAAGAAUCCUCCGAUAGUUUGCUUCCAUCUGAUCUGACACCAUCAGAGAUGACCACCGAAGGAUCAGAAAAAGGUUUGUUGAGCUGUUUAAGUGACUCUGAAUUGGAUGGUCCUACGCUUGCUUUUGUGGAGGCAGAGAUUGCCGAGAAAUUUCUCCGAAAAGCUCAAUCUGAAGUUUUCAACUCGCUCAGUGCUGCGCCUCAAUAUAGGAAGCUCAUGAACGAGAUUAUUAACCUAGUCUUGCAAGAGCUACAUGCUGUACCGGAAGAGAGAGAUCGCAUUGCUGAAAUCGUUUCUGCAAAAAAUCGAAUCGUGUUCCUAUCUUUCUUGUUAUGGAUCACUGGAGUAUUAGCGGUGAUUUUCCUUACUUCAGAUAGUCAUUGCUCUUUUGGUGGACCCUUGCCUACUUGAUUCAGACCAAGAGUGUAUGUUGUCCCUGCCGGUUGUCAUGAUGCUUGCCUCUCAAAUAGACAUUUUGGUUGAAGAAAAAACUUCUCACGAACAAUAUUCUGCUAAUUUCUAGUUUGGAAGGUAGCAAGAGAAGAAUGAAUGGUUUCGGAUUUUGUAGUCUCAUCACCAAUAGGCGAUCUUGCUGCAUUGAUGUGCAGCAAUUUAGUUUCAUAUGUAAGGCAGAUGUUUCAUUGCUCAACUUUCAUAAACCAGCCAAAUGCACACUAUGCAAAAGAGAAAAAGAGAUACACGAAAA